AUGUGCUUAAGUGAACCAACGAACCAACCCUUGGCCAGCAUUCCUUCCAGCCACGAACCAAAACCCAGAAAAACCCUUUUUAACGCACCACGACAGGCACAAAAUACGGCUACACUUGUUACACCGGACUCUGAAAUACUUGCAUUCCUAAGUACAUUUCAAUUAUCUAGGAUUCCUUCUCUGUGUGGAAUAGGCACCACUAAGGAAUCAAAUUGUGUUAGAGAGAAUAACUUAAAGCUAAAAUGCACAGAUGAGCAAGGAACAAGGGAACUGCAACAUAUUGCUCAAGCGAAAGACAUCUCUAAUGUAGAUUUUUCCAUGACAGAGUAUACUAAAUUAUUCCCUAACUCGGAAAAAAGCAUCUCUGGUGCAACAAAUAGUAAGAAUUUAAGUGACCCAAAGGUCUCUCUCUCGAGGUCGUUUGAUGCCAGCUCCAAUAUCUUCGACAGAUCUUUGGCAGAAAAAACGAUUCAUAAAACCACUCAGACGUUGGAGUUCAACUCAGAAUCACUUCUUCAUUCAAGCAAAAUCUGGUCUGAUAAACUUAAGAAUAAUGAUACUGUAAAUAUAUCUGAAUAUGAGGUUAAAGUUGAAAAUCCCAUUGUGAUAGGAAAGCAUUUUCCAGACAAAAAUGCUCCGCCUGCAUCACAAACUCAGACAGUGGAACGUGGAGAAUCAAGC